CGUGUCCUGUGCUUACCUAGCUGCGCGUAUGCGGUGGCGGUAUCUACCAACCAUCCGGCACGCACACCGGUGGGUACGACUGGCGCCUGGAUGUAGAUCCCGGUGGGCGACUCGAUGGCGGUGCUCCUCAGCCCAGUCGACAGCGCCUGGAUGUCAAUGCCGGUAUUUCUCCGGAUGUAGGUGUGGCCGGGCAGCAGAGCAAAGCUCGAGAUGUCGAGGUCUUCGAGGACGAACUCGACCUCAUUAUCCUUGUACCCCGUCCUGCAUCGAAUGAAUCUACGUCACACGCCCAGGCAUACUCACCUUGGACUCAGGAUUCAUUUGAUGACUCGACGCCGUCUCGGUGGUCAUGAGCCUGCAGGGCGUCGGGGCGAUCCUGCCGGAGGGUGCGACGCCAACGAGCGCCUGGAUGCUGUUGAAUGUUUUGACGACGCUGGCGGAUGGCCGGACGGUGUUCAUGGAGUCCUACGUGACCAUCACUCUCGGGGCGAACUACACGUUCACUCUGUCCCCUCAGAGCGGUGUUGCUCCUUAUGCGUGGGUGGACCAUCCUUCGGGGACUGUUGGUUACUUCAUCGACACUACGACCGGAGCGCCUCUCCUGCGCCCUCGCGACCUCUCCGACUGUCGUACUGUCGUGGCGUACAGUACAAGACUUGCACGCUCGCCGGAUGUUGUAAGUCUACCGCUUCAUGAACAGUGCUGCUGGUUCCCUCGAGAUUUCCAUACGCGGGCGACGUUGAUCCAGAUGCGGGCUCCGUGGCGACGUCUCGGACAAGGGCCAGCCUACCUCAAUGCAUUGCACGGUGGUGCCAGAGGAAUGCGCAGGUUGUGUAGAAGUGCAGUGCGCGGGACGACGAGAUGGGCAGACAGGGCCAAUUCGAGCUAUGAGGUGAGUAUCAAUCAUUCCAGGGUAAAAUGCCGAUGUUGACCCUGACGAUGUCCGCACAUGCUGAGCGCCACACGGACACGGUCUCGGACUAGCUACGUGAAAUGUCAAUACGGACAGGCGUGUUGCUGAUGCGCCCCGUUGUCAACGUUA